AAUGAAGAGGUGGUCGAGAGUCCCGAUGCGACCAAAGGGCUCAAGCAGUCUGAAUGUCAGCCACUCUUUAUGGCCGCAUAUCGGCGAAGAUCUGCCGGCGCUGUCAUUCACGCGCACUCUAUGGACGCAGUCUUAGCCACUCUUAUCAGCGGUUCCAAUGAGUUCCGGAUUACACACCAGGAGAUGAUCAAAGGCAUCAAAAAGGGCUCAACCAAUGAGAGUCAUCGAUACGAUGACACUCUUGUGGUGCCUAUCAUUGAAAACACAGCCUUCGAGAGGGACUUAACGGACAGAAUGAUUGAGGCGAUGGACAGAUAUCCGGACACUAAUGCGGUUCUCGUGCGAAGACAUGGGGUCUAUGUUUGGGGACAGACGUGGAAAAGCGCUAAAACUAUGGCUGAAUGCUAUGACUAUCUCUUUAAAGUUGCCGUUCGUAUGAAGACAUUGGGUUUGGAUCCGUCUGCUAAGCCUUAG